UAGAGAUAACAAUGGUCGGCGUCGCGACUCGCGGCAAUGCAAAUGCCAGAUAUAAAUUAAAUAUUAAUGUUUAUUGCUGAAUGAAAUUUAUUAUUCCGUAUUCAACAACAGACGAAGUCCGGUGUACACCAUGAUUACCGAAAAUGAAACGCCAGAAGACGCCCCUAAAAAAGCGCUCAUAUACAUUUGUGGAGCAUGCCAGGCUGAAAACGAAAUGAAACCCAAAGACCCAAUCCGAUGCAGAGAGUGUGGUUACCGAAUCAUGUACAAGAAACGAACAAAAAGAUUGGUUGUUUUUAAUGCGCGAUGAAUAUUUUCCAGCAACAUGAAGUGUACAGAAACAACAA